AUGGAUACUAAUAAUAAUUCUACUGAACAAUUUGACCUCGAAAAAUACUAUUCAAGGAAUAUCGGCACUAUUAAAGAUAAGGAACCUGAAGUGUUUUUAAAGUUGGCUGCAGAUCUUUAUUUUAGACAAUUUAUCUUUAGAUUGUACUACAAAAAUGAUAUUGACAUUGUUAAAGAAGUUUAUUGGUAUUUAACAUUUUCCGAUGCUCAUAAUAUUGGUGGGCUGUGUAAUCUUGGAUGGUUAUACCUUUAUGAAGAAGAAUAUAAUAUUGAAAUUUUGACUGAGCAAGAUAAAGAAAGCAUAUACUGUAAUAAACUUAUUAGCUCUCAUACCUGG